AUGCCGACAAUUACUCCUUGGCAAAUUCAAGCACAGAUAAAAGAAAAUUACGGGCUUGACAUAACAUACUACGUGUCGUGGAGAUCAACCGAUGGCGGGAGGGACAAGAUUUUUGGCGAUCAUGGGCUUUCGUAUUCGUUCCUCCCUGUGUAUUUUCGAGAAGCCGAACAUGCAAAUCAAGGAAGUGUUUUCCACCUUGAAGUUGAUGAGGUCAAAAACAUCUUUCGUCGAUGUUUUUUUUCAUUUGCUGCUUGCUUGGAGGGCUUCAAACUCUGCCAUCUAGUUGGUAUGAUUGAUGGUACGUUUUUGAAAGGCAAGCAUGAAGGAAUUCUACUAAGUGCAGUGAAAAAGGAUGGUGACGAAGUUGUUAGCGAAGAGACAGACGACAACAAGGAUUGGUUUUUAAAACAUUUUAAGGUUGCAAUAGGGACGGACAGAACGCUAGCCUUCGUUUCCGACAGAAACCACGACAUUCUUCAAGGUGUCAAGAACGUGUUCCCGGACUGUGUUCAUGGUUAUUGUUACAAACAUUUAACUUUGAAUCUCAAAGAUAAAUUUAGGGGUGCUACUAAGAAUCAUCGCAACGCAGUUCUCAAACAGUUUGAAUACUGCGCAUACGCUGUUACUAAACAAGAAUACGGAAGAAACGUGGAGAAGCUGCGAGCAACGGGCGGACCCAAAGUUUGUAAAUUUCUGGCAGAUGCCCCUAAAGAUAAGUGGCCCAACACAUAUUUUGUGGGACAACGGUAUGGUCAGAUGACGUCAAACAGUUGUGAAUUGUGGAAUUCACAAAUUAGGAUGAGGAGAUUACUUCCGAUAACGAAUUUAAUUGAUGGUACUCGUAUAUUGGUGACGGCGCAGAUGUCACGUAGACUAGGUGAGGCAUAUGAUAGGCCAACCAUGUUGUGCAACACCUAUGAUAAAAAGAUGUGGUUGUUGGUUGAUAAAGGCAGAUCGUGGCAGCCUAUGACAGAUGAUGUAGAUGCACUCAUAGGCCCACCUGAACUUAGAACUCGCCGAAGGAGGCUGAAGAGAAAGAGGAUUCCGAGUAGGGGCCAAUUGGUCCCCCGUACUAUUAUGUGCAGUAAAUGUAGGGGGAUGGGCCACCAUAACAAGAACUCUUGCAAAAUGGUUGCAUAA